GCCGUCCUUCGCCAUGCUCCGCGCGAUUCUCGUACUCGCCGCCGCUGCUUCCGCGUCAGCCUUCGCUCCUGCUGCUCUUCCUACCAGAGCUGCCAGGUCCAGCACCCAGGGUCUCAAGAUGCAGGACCGCUCGUACGCUGUCCCCUUCCUGUCCCGCCCUCCUGCUCUUGACGGAACCAUGGCUGGCGACGUUGGCUUCGACCCGCUCGGCUUCUCCAACUACUUCGACCUCAAGUGGCUCCGCGAGGCCGAGCUCAAGCACGGACGCGUUUGCAUGCUCGGAACGCUCGGCUUCUUGGUCCAGGAGAAGUUCCAGCUCCCCCUUCCCGGCUUCGGCGAGAAGCUUCCCAUCGAGGCCUUCUUCACUGUCCCCACCGGCGGCCUCUGGCAGAUCUUCUUCACCCUCGGAGCUAUCGAGAUCCUCUCCAACAACGGCAGAAUCAGCCCCGGAGACAUGUUCGCUGACGGCCGUGCUCCUGGCGACCUCGGCUUCGAUCCCCUCAACCUCUCUUCUGACGAAAGCGCUCUCCGCCGCUUCGAGCUUGCUGAGCUCAAGCACGGCCGCCUUGCUAUGAUCGGCCUCGGAGGCAUGUUGCACCAGCAGCUCUUGACCAAGCAGCCCACCCUCGAGCAGCUUGCCAACUUCCAGCCCCUUCAGUAAACAAGGAGAUUGUAAUAAAUAGAGCAUGGCAGAUGUGAAUGU